AUUACAUAUCUUCAUAUGCCCUUGCAUUGGGUACAUAUGGAAUAAUUAUUCUUGUCACUAGUAUAAUCCCUAUAGAAAAUUCAGCAGUGUCUUCAUUUAUUACAUUUUAUAAACCUUGCAAAUGGCUGUCUCCAUAUACUGCAUCUUAGCUUGUGAUCAUCUUAUACUUGUUCCGUGUGUACUGCAGUGUAGUAGAGGUAUAAUUCAUUGUUUCAGUAGAAUGAAGAAGGUAGCAAAUACCAUAUGGAGAAACUGCGACAGUAUCAACUGAAUCGUCUCAAGUACUACUAUGCUAUAUUAGUAUGUGAUUCUGCAGCAACAGCCAACAAGAUUUAUACUGAAUGUGAUGGCUUGGAAUAUGAAAGUAGUGCAACACGCCUUGACCUGCGGUUUGUUCCUGAUGGCACAAAAUUUGAGGAGGAACCUCGGGAAGUUUGUAAUAAGCUUCCUGAUCUUUCAAAGUACCAACCUCGGUACUUCACAACAACUGCUCUGCAGCAAGCCAAAGUGGAACUGACAUGGGAUGAAACAAAUCCUGAGAGAAAUGAAAUCAACCAGAAACUGAUGUCUGGUCAAGUUGAUGGUAUAACCGAAACGGAUUUGCGGGAUUACCUGGCAUCUUCUAGCGGAGAGGAGAGUGAUG